AGAUUGACUUAAUAGGAUAACAAUGAGCACGCCACAGGCUAUUGUUGGCAUUCGUCAUCCCCAUAGGAUGAAAGAGAUUCAACACAUGUCUGAAAAAUGGUGCAAAAGAACUAAAAAUUUGAUAAAUCCAUGGCCUGUUACAGGAAGCUUUGACCCACAGAUUUGUGAAUUAAUGCAACAUCGCAUUGAAGAUUACAAAGCUGAAAAUAAUUCUAAGAAACGACAAAAGAAACGACAGCUUGAAUUGGAAAUUUUAAACUUAUUUAAAAUUAGCAAGCCAAUUAAACGAAAUGUCAAAACGAUUGUGUCUUUCACGGAUAGUCCAGGGGAAACUGGAAACUGUACUAACGCCGAACUUUUUCCAAAUUUAACAGGAACGAUAAAAUUUGAUGGGGACUUUAAUCUUGAUGACCAGCAGAGCCUUCUAGGGGGACUGACUGAUGCUGGCGUACCCGGAAAUGUAAGUGAUAUCCAAAAUAGGUUAUCUGCUGCUUCAGGGCUCGCGGAGAAGGGACCUCCUACUGAUGCAUUGCCCCAACCAGACCCACCCAACUUCAAACAGCGGGGUGCGUCCUUACAGGGCACUGGGGAAGCACACGCCCAGGUAGGAAGGCAUUCAACCUCUAUACAUUCUCCUCGAGAAAAACAGGAAACUCCUCCCCAUCUGGCCAUUCCAAAAUACUGUAGUACACAGCGACGUCAGUCUGGAAUCAUUAACUGUUACCAGGAUCGAACCGAACUGGCUCGGAAAGGUAAGACAGAUGAUAGCUUUUGGAUGAACUUAGGACCACGUCAGCAAGAUUUGCAACGUGAGUUGGGACGGAGCCAGAUAGUUGAGAUGGAACAGGAAAUAGAUGACUUAAAUGAGGAGGUGGAGGGGGCGACUUCAGGAGGCGGAGUUUCCAUGCCUGCAUGCUUACAGAAACCCGGCACGUCCACAGGGGUCCCUAGAGACGAAUAUGAUUUAAGAUACAGACCUAACAUCAGACCUCCUGACAGAUUGAAGGGGGGGGAGUUCCCAAUUCUGAUAAGGGGAACAAGGGCUGAUUAUCAUCCUUUUUCAGCUCGGGACCUGACAGGUUUGGUCUCAGAGCUCCCUCAAAUAUCCGCAGGAGGAGGCAAGUGGAUUAAGGCUUUGGAAUCAAACACGGCUGGAACAUUUCUUUCACUGGGUGACAUCAAAGCUGUCCUCGCUCAGGUUUUGGGGUUGUCUAAAAUGCAGCAGUUUUUCAGAGACAAUGAACUGGACUGGAUUUUGAGUGAAAGGGCAGAUGGAACAGAAUUAGCAGCCUAUAAGGGGGUGAUUUGGCAAGGAAUACGCAAACAGUACCCUAAUAAAAUUGAUGUUGAUGCUUUGAAAGGGGAACCUCUGAAGGACGACCAGAACCCAGCAGCAUACAUCGAUACACAGUUAAAAAGGUGGCGUCAAGAGUCUCAGAAAGAUGUGGAAAAUGAUCCUAUUUUGCUCACUCUUUUCAGAAAUGCAGUCAUCGAUUCAAUGCCAAAGGAUGUCAGCAGACGUUUGGAGGAUGUCGUUGGUCUAACAUCUAUGCCAGCGCAACAGUUCCGUGAUCAUGUGGUUCAUGCAGUAACCCGAUACAGGAAAGACCUAACUAAGACUUCUGAACAGGACCUCCAGAUUCAAAGGAAGCUGGCACAGAUGCAACUAAAUGAUUUGCAAGGCAAGCUGAAAGAAAAGGUUCAAGCUGUUGUGUUCACAGAUCCAGGUGCGGGACGGACUGCUGGAGUUCCUGAGUCAACACAGGCCGCUAGGGGUCCCCAGCCGUUCCGUCCUUCAUACUCAAGGCUUGGUACUCCCUCGUCUGGGGCGUGGCAGGGAUCCCUCCGCUGCUGGUAUUGUGGAAUGUUUGGACAUUUUGCUAAGGCUUGCCCACGGCUUAUGCCCCUCCCAGCAGGUGGUCCUGGAAGAAACGGAGGCUUCCCUAGAAGAGGUGGACCCCUGGGUGGCCCACGACCAAGACCCUCUCAGUUUUAGGGGGGUCCCGAGGAUCCUGCGGGUAAAGCCAGCUCAACCUUUCAGGAUA